AUGCACCACCGGCCGAGCUGGUCGAUCCUGGGCGGGCUGGACGACUCUUCCGCGCAACUGCGGGUGCUCGGCCCAGACGACAAGGACUUCGCGGCGGUUCUCAGUGACCACCCGGAGCUCAAGAUCGAGCCAAUCGGCGGCUUCAACCAUUGGGACAGGCGAGAGUGCGCUGUGCAGAACGGGGACCAGUGGCGGGCCCGCUGCAAGAGGUACAUUGCCGAUCUCGGCGGGAAGGCCGACAUCCCCAAGGUGAUCCACCAGAUCUGGAUCGGGCCCCGCGAGCCGCCCUGCCUCUGGAUAGACACCUUCCGGGUGAACUACUGCGAGGAGCACUCCGCGUGGGGCUUUGAGAUGUGGAGCGACGAGCAGGUCGCCAAGCUGCCGAUGAUCAACGCCUCCAUCUACGCCGAGGAGAGGAUGUGGCAGUGCAAGGCCGACAUCCUGCGGCUGGAGUUCCUCUGGCACUACGGAGGCCUGUACGUCGACGCUGACAUGGUAUCUGUGGGCAACAAGAGCUUGGAUCCGAUCGUCGAGCUGGGCAAGGAGACGGGCUUCGUCAUAGCGUACGAGCCAGACACCAAGGACAAGCCCUAUUCCAUCCUGGGGAACUCCGUUAUCGCAUGCACACCGCAUCACCCGCUCACGCUGAUGCUCAUCCUGUUCCUGAAGCAGACCUACCACCAGAAGCGCCACGUCAUCGACGUGUUCGCGGUGACGGGACCGGUGAUGUACACCAAGUGCCUCGUGGACUGCGACAUGCCCAUCUCCAUCGCGGCACAGGAGCUGCUCUACCCAGCGUUCCACUUCGUGCCCAACCCAGACGCUAUCGAUUACUCCCGCUUCCCGAAGUGUUUGAUGUUCCAGUUCGGCUACACGUGCUCCGGGCUCGAGGGCUACGUGAAGCGCAGGAACCGCUGCCGGAAGCCGAGCACCUGCCCCUUCCACGCCAAGAAGCAGUCGCUCGACUCGUACCGGAGGCUUCCCAACAUAGGCGAUGCCGAGCUCUGUGCGACAGUGCCCAUCGGCCUCUCGCACAUGCUGGAGUUCGUCGCAGGCUCCUCCGGCAGCCUGCAGACGGACGGCGGCGUCGCGGCCGUCGUGACCGACGGCGACGUGAUGCAGGCGCCGCGCCUGCGGGCCGAGCUGCCGGGCUUCGUCGACCAGCUGCGGGGGAAGGACUGGGACCUCAUGCUCUUCGGGAUCGAGUGGUCUACCGGCUCCGACGAGGUGGUGAUGUUCAACGUUCCUGCCGGCGGCAGGCCGCGUAACUGCACGGCCUUCGGGCUUCUCCUCAACACCGAGAAGGUGCGCGCGAAACCCGCUCUGCAGAGGGCGUUGGAGUCGUGUGUCACCGACAAGGGCUUUGACGCGGGACCCAUCUUUGAGGCGGCGGGACAGAUUUCCCUAUGGUUCGCCGCCGAGAAGUACGCGACCUCCAUGGAGGAGGCGCGCAUCUGGAGAAGCAUACCCAUCGUGCGCCGGGUGUUCAAGGAGCACGCAGGACAUGAGCCGCCUGUGCACGUGGAAAGGACAGAAGUCCACGGCAACCUUUGCACGGUGUCGGAUGAACGGGGGCCGCCUGGUCUUCGAGAUGACCGUGGAGGCCGCGGGCGGGAUCACGUUCCGGGCGUGGAACGACGACAACGCCCCGAACUGCGAGAUGAGGACCAGCGCGAGCAAGGUGGAGUGGAUGAAGGUAUUCUUCAACCACCAGGUUGUCUUCGAGGCGCAGGACAAGCCAAUACCAUGAUGGGCUCCCUUCGCUGCCGAUCUUACAUCGGCUGCGCUUCUUGUUAG